GGGAGGGGCCGGCUGAGCGAAGCAGAGACGCUCCUGAACCUCUGAGACACUUUACAUCGCACUGACGGAGGGGCCACCAUUCCCUGAAGCUCCCAUCCAGGCGAGGGCCGCUGCAGCAUCCACACAGAGGGAAUAUCCGUUUUCUAAGCGCUUGAUCUGUGAAGGUGGAACCGAAUCAAGAAAAAUGUCUUAUCAAGGAAAAAAGAACAUCCCGAAGAUCACAAGCGACAGGCUUCUGAUCAAAGGCGGGAGGAUCGUGAACGAUGACCAGUCCUUCCAUGCCGAUAUCUACAUGGAGGAUGGCCUCAUUAAGCAGAUCGGAGACAACCUGAUCGUGCCCGGUGGCGUGAAGACCAUCGAGGCCCAGGGCAAGAUGGUGAUCCCGGGUGGCAUUGACAUCCACACCCACUUCCAGAUGCCGUACCGCGGAACCACAACCGUGGAUGACUUCGCUCAGGGAUCGAAGGCCGCUCUUGCUGGGGGCACGACCAUGAUCGUGGACCACGUGGUCCCGGAGCCCGGCAGCAGCCUGAUGGAGGCCUACGACCUGUGGAGGCAGUGGGCCGACGAGAAGGCCUGCUGCGACUACUCCCUCCAUGUGGACGUCACCCACUGGAACGACAGCGUGAAGCAGGAGUUAGACAACCUCAUCAAGGAGAAAGGUGUGAACUCGUUCCAGGUCUACAUGGCUUACAAGGACUACUACCAGAUGACCAACAGCGAGCUCUACGAGGUCUUCACCUUCUUGGCGGAGAGGGGCGGCAUCGCUCAGGUCCAUGCGGAAAAUGGCGAGAUCAUUGCUGAGGAGCAGGCUCGCAUGCUGCAGAUGGGUAUCACUGGACCAGAGGGACAUGUGCUGAGCAGGCCGGAAGAGCUGGAGGCAGAGGCGGUGUUCCGCGCCAUCACCAUCGCCAGCCAGACCAACUGUCCUCUCUACGUGACCCGGGUCAUGAGCAAGAGCGCCGCUGACAUCAUCUCACAGGCCCGCAAAAAAGGAAAUGUUGUGUUUGGGGAGCCAAUCACAGCCAGCCUGGGAACUGACGGGACGCAUUACUGGAGCAAGAACUGGGCCAAGGCAGCUUCUUUUGUAACGUCCCCCCCUCUCAGCCCCGAUCCCACCACUCCAGACUAUCUGAACACACUGCUGUCCAGCGGUGACCUGAGUGUGACUGGCAGCGCUCACUGUACGUUCAGCGUGGCCCAGAAGGCCAUCGGCAAGGAUGACUUCACUCAGAUCCCAGAGGGUGUCAACGGAGUGGAGGAGCGAAUGACCCUCAUCUGGGAUAAAGCUGUGACUACGGGUAAGAUGGAUGAGAACAUGUUUGUGGCAGUGACCAGCACCAACGCAGCUAAGAUCCUCAACCUGUACCCCCGGAAGGGUCGGAUCGCCGUGGGCUCUGACGCCGACCUGGUCAUCUGGGACAUGGACUCCAUCCGCACCAUCACUGCCAAGACACACAACUCGGCUGCUGAGUACAAUGUCUUUGAGGGCAUGGAGCUGCGUGGAGCCCCACUAGUGGUGAUCUGCCAGGGGAAGAUUGUUCUGGAAGAUGGGAACCUGCAUGUCACCUCUGGCGUCGGCCGCUUCAUCCCCUGCGCUGCCUUCCCUGACUUUGCCUACAAGCGAGUUAAGGCCAGGAAGCAGCUGGCGGUCCUGAGGGCGGUGCCCAGGGGAAUGUACGAUGGCCCGGUGUCUGAAUUCUCCAUGUCCCGCGGAGGUACCCCCUCUGCCUCGGCGCGCACCUCUCCCACCAAACAGCCCGUCAGAAACCUGCACCACCAAUCUGGAUUUAGUCUAGCAGGUAACCCUGCACCCUGCGGUCCCCCCACCCCAGACGACAUCCCCAUCAGGCCUGCAGGCCGGCGUAUUGUAGUGCCCCCUGGUGGUCGUUCCAACAUCACAUCUCUCAGUUAAACGGCAGGAAGACGAGGGGAUGCAUCCAGAAAACGGCAGCAGCCAGUGCAGGAUGGAGGGAGGAGGAGAUGCAGAGGACCACGAUUAGUUAAAAAGUUAAAAGAGCGAAACACUGAAUCCUCAUGCCUUACCUGUCAUAAUGCUACCUGGCUCAGAUGAGAACAGUAUCUCUUUUCCUGGGGAAUUUGGCCUGGAAUCGUUACUACCAAAGCACAAUACACAUAAACCAACCUCACGUCAUUUCUUCUUAUUAGAGAGUACACGACCUAUACAGUGAAAACAUGUCAAUUCAGUGCUUUGGUAAUUUGGAAUUUAAACCAGUACAACUACAUAACAAUCACAUUCAACCAAGACUCACUGUUCUCGAAGGAAAAUAGAUACCGCUUUUCUCAGAAUGAUGCUAUGGUUCUUUCAUCCUGUUUGGCUUUCAACGUCACCCCCUUUUUCAUUCGCCCGCUUUCUCCAUAGUAAGCGAAACAUAACACUAGAUCCCACAUUAGUCACGUAUUAUCACGCAGUACCGUUGGUUAGCUCUAGGUGGCAUUGUAUAAACACUAGAUGUGAUGUAGCUUUGUGACAAUGUUUUUGCAGCCAGUUUGGGUUUAAUGGACCAAGUCAAAAGUGGCGUUUAUUAAAAUCCUAGAGCAGGAGCGCCGUGGGACAUGGAGCUGCAUGGGCCACAUGAACAUGGGCGACCUGAUCCAUGAUCCUUCCGCCCCCCCUCCUCUGAGAUGCUUGAUAACAACCCCCCCCCCCCCCUUGAUGUUUUGAUUACAUGAUUUUAAGGCAAAAGUCAGGAAGGGAUUUACUUUUCCUCAUCCCCCAUUUCUUGCACCCCGUCAUGGCUGUUUGAAUAACAACAUUGUGAGAAUCCGUCCUUUGCAUUUGCUUCUAGCUUAUUGCCUGCUUCUGUCAUCCUGAAAUCAUCUCGAGAAAAACAACAGAGGGAACAAAAGAUUAAAAGAAAAAGAAAAAGAAAACCUGAACAACAAGUACGAAUAAACUCAACCAAAUUAAAGGCAACUACUUAAAUAAACCAGAUGCAAUGAAAUGAUGAAGUAUCAGAAACCUGCUUUCAGUUAACUGCACUUCCCCUCUGGCUUUUCUUUUUCAUUCCAAACUGGGCUCUCGUUACACGACAAGAGACACACCAUCGUUCCCUUGUCACCCCAGCGUAUAGCCCUGUAAUGUAUUCCUGACCAAUACGAAUUCAACAUCAGCCUGAAUAUGACCUGAAACACUCUGGAUGUGAUGGUGUCAGGGUGGGGGGGGCCCUCAGAGCUCUGUUUUUGUGUCUCUGCUGUUUUCUGACAAGGCAGAGGAUUGUAGUGCAGUAAGGAAAACAUGUAUUUUUGGGAGGGAGGGAAGGUGAUUUUUAUUCGGCAGUAGUGUGGCGGACCGAUGCAGGCACCAGUGGUGGUUUGUGAGUAUUUAUGUUAGUUUGACAACCUUAUUGUUUUUAUGUUGGUUCUUUUUUUUUUUUUUUUUUUUUUUUUUAUCAAAACCCAGAGAUGGCAGGUCAAAAUAAGGUGUGUUGUGGAUGGUAUGAUUUGUUUCCUGAAUAAACAUGAGUUGCAACUGA